GAUUCAGCUUACCCCAGAAGAUACAGCUGACUGCACAGGACACAGCUGUUUGCUUCGCAGACCAUGAUGAAGUCGAUCCAGCUUUGCAUCCUACUCUGGUGCUGGAGAGCAAUCUGCUGCCAUAGCUGUGAAUUGACCAACAUCACCAUCUCAAUAGAGAAGGAAGAGUGCCGUUUCUGCAUAAGCAUCAAUACCACUUGGUGUGCAGGCUACUGCUACACCAGGGAUCUGGUGUAUAAGGACCCAGCUCGACCCAAUACCCAGAAAGUAUGUACCUUCAAGGAACUGGUGUAUGAGACCAUAAGAUUGCCUGGCUGUGCCCGCCACUCAGACUCCCUCUACACGUAUCCAGUAGCCACUGAAUGUCACUGUGGCAAGUGUGACAGCGACAGCACUGACUGCACUGUGAGAGGCCUGGGACCCAGCUACUGCUCCUUCAGUGAAAUGAAAGAAUAAACAAUGGACAUUGCUGUUGGACCACUCUUGGCCUGAAGGACCAUGAUAUCCAAUAUGUCUGUGUCUGCUCUGUGCUGGGGCUACAAGCCAUUGGCUUGGGGACCCUCCGACCCUCUGUCAUAUGCUGUCCUGACAGAUGGGGAGGAGGAGCUCAGGACUGGAAGGGCCAGGGCCAGGACCCUACGCCACUCAUCCCUCUAUCCAGACUGUUGGUUAUCUAAGUCAUUCACUUGCAACUCUCAGCUUGGGGUGUGGGAGGCUUUUCCUCAUCAACAACCUUAGGAACCUUCUAGAGCAAUCCUUUCCUUUUAGACAGAGGGAUGCAUGAGUCCAGAGGGAGGAAAGGAAGGUGGAAAUCUGUGAAAGAGCUAAACCUAGCACGACCACCUGCCUUUUUAGAGCCAUCAGGCUUGUAGAGACUCCAGCAUGAUUGUAAACUUAAGGCUUAAAGUCUGCAUGGAAUUCUAAGAGAAGCUCAAUGCCUUCCUUAAGAAAAAGAAAGGGGAGACAUGCCAUAUGCCGGGAAAUUCUGAUGUAGCUGGCUGAGAGAAGUUGGUCCCCACAAGGCUAGGCUACUCAACGCUUCUGAAGUCUGUGGGGUAUUGAGACAGGAUCAAACAUCUGUGGAUUGUUCCAUGCAGAUGAGGACAGGAGGAAGUGACCAAGCUCAGAAUUUUCAAGGUAUUGCCACCAAGUUCUUUAGUUAAAGGAAAAGAAAAAAAAAUUAAUUUGGAACUGUGAAUAUUAGUCCACAUUUAUUCAUUGCUUUCAGAAGUGAUCAAAUGCUAUUAGGGGUCUGCAAAACUCCCUGAUUUCACCAGCUUUCCCUUGCAUGCAGGGAGGGAAGGUUUUGAAGUAGGUUUCAAAGAAAUUGCAGUGAUUAAUUAAAUACAUUCAGCUUGCCUACAAACACACCUGUAUAAAUUAAUGGUUAUAAAAAGUGAACCAUGAAGGGAAAACUGCUGUUCUCUAGGGCCUCCUGCUUCUCUUCUACCUAUCCAUGUGCUCCUAAAUCGUUUGUUCCUUUCAAAUACAUCAUAAGUUGAAUUCAUUUAAAAUGUAAACUCUUUUCAUCAUGUACUUAUUUCACAGUUAUGAUGCUUGAUUAAUUUAUUUAAAUCUUAUUUUUUUAAUAAAAUUGCUACUAAUGAAA